UGGGAGAGGAGUUAGGGGCGGAGCGCAUACCGGGAGCUGGCGGUCAGGCGGGAGCAGGGCAGGUGCGGUGGCGGAAGUGCGGGAGGCGGUCGGCGCUGAGCCGCCUAAGAAGCCGCGGCGGCGGGCCUCCCAGCCGGAAGCAACCGCCGAGCCUUAGCCUCACCGCAGCCACUAGGGCUCCGGGCCGGCGAAAUGCCUCUGUUCACCGCCAACCCCUUCGAGCAAGACGUGGUCAUCUUCCCUGAAGAGAAGAUGAGGACCUUCAGGCAGAAACCUCUGUAAAGAUGUUGACAUAUCCUCUCUCUCUCCCUGCUUUUCUGACAGCACUUACAUCUGCAGGAAGUAACCACCUCUUACUAUAUGUGUGAAAAGGCCACAAAUGAGUAUAACACUACAGAAGAUUGGAGUCUUAUUAUGGACAUAUGCGAUAAAGUUGGAAGCACUCCUAAUGGAGCAAAAGAUUGCCUAAAAGCCAUAAUGAAAAGAGUAAACCAUAAAGUUCCUCAUGUUGCUCUGCAGGCAUUGACUCUUCUUGGGGCUUGUGUGGCAAACUGUGGAAAGAUAUUUCAUUUAGAAGUAUGUUCCCGUGAUUUUGCAACAGAAGUACGUGCUGUGAUAAAAAAUAAGGCUCAUCCUAAAGUAUGUGAAAAACUGAAAUCUUUAAUGGUAGAGUGGUCAGAAGAAUUUCAGAAGGACCCACAGUUUAGUCUAAUAUCUGCAACUAUUAAAUCUAUGAAAGAAGAAGGAAUUACUUUUCCUCCAGCAGGUUCUCAGACUGUCUCAGCCGCUGCCAAGAAUGGAAUGUCAUCAAACAAAAACAAAGAAGAUGAAGACAUAGCUAAAGCUAUUGAAUUAUCAUUGCAAGAGCAGAAGCAGCAGCACACAGAAACAAAAUCCUUAUAUCCAUCUGCAGAAAUUCAGUUAAAUAAUAAAGUUGCAAGGAAAGUGAGAGCGUUAUAUGAUUUUGAAGCCGUUGAGGACAAUGAACUCACCUUUAAACAUGGUGAAAUUAUUAUUGUUUUGGAUGACAGUGAUGCCAAUUGGUGGAAAGGAGAAAAUCACAGAGGAAUAGGACUCUUCCCAUCUAAUUUUGUAACAACUAAUUUAAACAUAGAAUCUGAGGCAGCAGCUGUGGACAAAUUGAAUAUAAUUGAGGAGGAGGAGGAGGAAAAUAAGAAAUCAGAGCCUGAGCCUGUUUAUAUAGAUGAGGAUAAAAUGGAUAGAGCCCUGCAGGUACUACAGAGUAUAGAUCCAACAGAUUCAAAACCAGACUCCCAGGACCUCUUGGACUUAGAAGACAUUUGCCAACAGAUGGGUCCAAUGAUAGAUGAAAAACUUGAAGAGAUUGAUAGGAAGCAUUCAGAAUUGUCUGAAUUGAAUGUAAAAGUCUUGGAGGCUCUGGAACUGUAUAACAAGUUGGUGAACGAAUCUCCCGUAUAUUCAGUCUAUUCAAAGCUGCAUCAUUCAGGACAUUACCCACCUUCAUCAGCUGGGGUUCCAGUGCAGACAUAUCCAGUUCAGCCACAUGGUGGAAACUAUAUGGGUCAAAGUAUUCACCAAGUCACCGUUGCCCAGAGCUACAGCCUAGGACCAGAUCAAAUCGGUCCACUGAGAUCUCUGCCUCCAAGUGUGAAUUCCUCAGUGACAACACAGCCUGGUCAAACUCCAUAUUUAAGCGCUGGACAAGACACUGUUUCCAAUUCUGCGUAUAUGAACCAGAACUCUAACCUUCAAUCAGCUACUGGUACAGCUGCUUACGCACAGCAGAUGGGGAUGUCUGUGGAUAUGUCAUCUUACCAGAACACUACUUCCAAUUUGCCGCAGUUGGCAGGCUUUCCGGUGGCAGUUCCAGCUCAUUCCAUUGCACAGCAGCAAGCAAAUUACCAUCAGCAGCAGCCUCUCCUUUAAAAACAAACGAAGCAUUUUCUCGAAAGCCUUCAUAAUGUAUUGCUUGACCCUUGUGAUUCUAAUCUGAAAAUAUUAAAAGAAGAAAACUUUUUUUUCUUCAACUCAAAAGACACAUGAAUAAAUAAAGCACAAAAACUUAUCGUACUCUGAUAGGCCCAUAAAAGGUUUUUUCAAGUCCAACUUGUUUGAAGUCAAAUUUUCAAUGAGAAGCAACUUCAGGUUGCUUUUAGUUAGUUUUUUCUUACUUUCAAAUCUCUCAGAUCAGGAUAACCAACAAGUAGCCUUGUAACUAUGACACUAAACAAUAUGAGCUAUGGCGUUCCUGCUGUGGCUCAGCAGAAACGAAUCUGACUUAGGAACCAUGAGGUUUUGGGUUCGAUCCCUGUCCACACUGCGUGGGUUAAAGAUCCAGUGUUUCCAUGAGCUGUGAUGUAGGUCGCAGACACAGCUCAGAUCUGGUGUUGCUUUGGCUCCUGGAUAGGCCGGUGGCUACAACUCCAAUUCAACCACUAGCCUGGGAACUUCCAUAUGCCACGUGUGUGGCCCUAAAAGCAAAAAAAACAAACAAAAAAAACAAUAUGAGGUAGGAGCAUUAUAAAGAAACCACCAUUUACCCCUAAAAUGUCAUGGUAAUUAGAAGAGCACUAAAGCCUUUAAAUAUUUUUUUGUCUGCAUAUUUUUUUUCAUUUUCCCACCCACCAUUCUUUUAAGAGACAAACGUUUCUAUAUCAGCAUUUCAUUUCCCUGCAUAUUUACUUUGGCUCCUUAAAUUGCAGUUUUGUUUUUGAUACUGUCAGUUUUGCUCUCAGUGAUGUGUUGAGUAAUAAUUAGCAUUAAUUAUCUACAGAAGCAAGAGCACUUUGGGAGGAACAAAAAUGUUUUGUUAUUAUCAGUGAAGACCAUAUAAAUGCAGGUGUGUGAUAAAGCAUUUAGCUAGUCCCCCAGGCUUGCCAAAAGUGGGCUGAGGAAGGGCCCUGAAAACAUUUCCAUUCCUUGGAAAAAAAACAUUUCUUUUCCUACAAGGGUCUUUGGCACUUAGAAUUGCCACUGAUUCUAAUGAAGAUAUGGUCCACUUGUUUUUGUUUGUUUUUUUCUGUAGUGUAGAGUAUAAAGAUGCUGCACUUCCUUUUCAUGGAUUACAUGUGAAUUUGAGCUAUGAGACAUUCCUAAUAAUUUGAUGGACUAUAUACGAACCAUGGAUGAUGUGUCCUUUUAUUGAUGUGUUCUUUUAAAGAAGUGAUUUGAGUACCAUUCUGUAUGCCAGACUGUUGAAAAUUUUGGCUAUUCCUUUCAGAAAUAAUCCUGAGCCUGUGGAAUAAUAGUAGGCAAUGGAUUUAUUGGGAAGCCAUCAAGCCAGUUUUCCUGAAGCCUGUGUUUUAAGUGAGUUUAUAGUAUUAAUAGAUUUCACAUACCAUAGGAGUUAGGUAAUAAACCAAUAAGGAUUGUUUUCUCUUCUAAAAAUGUGCAUACUGCUGCAUCAUCUGCCAACUUUUUAGAUAACACAAAGUGCAAAUACAUAUGCAUAGAUACAUGAUAUUCAGACUAGGAAAAACAAUGGACCUAAGUUUAGUUUUUAAAAGGUAACAUGCACAGAAGCAAGAUUUCUCUAUCGUUGAGGGUUUUUGGGGGGCCGGGGCGGGGGGGGAGCCGCAUCCAUUGGCAUGUGGAAGUUCCCAAGCCAAGGAUCCAAUCCACUGUGCCACAGGAGAACUCCUUUAUGUGUUUUUUGUUUUUUAAGAAAGCCUUGGUCUUUCUAAGAAUCCAUUUGAAGACAGUGCUCUGGAAAUUUUUGUCAUUUAUUUAUUUACAGAAAUUUGAUGUAAGUAUGUUCCUUUUUCAAAGAAACUGUAUCCUAAAACAAAAUGGUCUUAUACAUACUACUUGGUCUAUAUUUAAAGGAAAAAACAAGCAGUAUUUAAAAGCCCAAUUUCUGUUACUGUCUUAUUUCAAAUAUAAGUAACUGGAAAAAAAGUUUUAACCUUUCAUGUCUCUAUUCUGUUUUUUAUCCAGUAUUUUCCUUCCAUGUGAAUUCAAUAUAUACUUAUAAAAAAUUCUAAAAUGGCACCUUCCUUUUUUGGAAAUGAAUCUUUUAUUCUUUAAAGAAAACAACAUAAAAAAGCAUUUACAGAGCUGCUCUUGAAAAUAAUUAAUGUUUGCAUAUAUAUGGAUAUCUUACAUUUUUCCCAAACAAUAUUUAAUAAACAGUUAUUUUAAUGUUUGUGUAAAUAUUUCAUGUAUAAUUGAGAUCUUAGUUGUAAAACCUUAAUUUUGCUUAAGUCUUUGAGCUAGAAUAAAUAUUUCACACCUACGAAAUUGGGAUCAGCCAGUUAAAUUCACCUAAUAUAGUUUUGGAAUGCUAUAACAUGCAACAUGUAUAUAGUGUAUAUUGGCAUUUAUCUGUGAAAUUUUAUACAUCCAUCCAGAAUUUCUUCUCCCUUUUAAAUUAAAAUAAUUUUAUUUUUGCCAUACUGUAAUGAAUUUUGUGUUGCAGGUUGAUAGUAUAAAAUCUGUGUACUGAAAUACUUUUGGUGUUAAUAAGAAAUACAGGAUUGUUAUUUUUCUUUUUCAUGAUCUUAUGGAUUAUAUUUAUUUUAAGACCUGUUUAUACUUAAAUAUUUUCUGCCAAAGGAAUUGUCUAACAUCAGAUUUCUACAUUAGGUUCAUACAUACUAUUUUCUAUGAAAAAUAAAAAUAACUUCUGCUUUUUCAUAUGAAAUCUUGGUGCAUUAGAAAGAAUUCCUGAAAAUUUAUAAUAAAAUUAAUUUUCACUAAUGUAGGAAAAAUUUCCCCUGGGUGUUAAACUAUAUGAAGUGGGAUCUGUUCUUAUAGUUUGGAAAAUGUAUGGUCUACCAACAUUGUCUUGUAAUUUGGUGAUUUGACUAUAAAAUUACAUGAACAUUAAAUAAUUAUAAUAUUUUCAACUAGGAGUUUAUACUUGACUGACAACUUUCACUGUAUAUUUUGAAGAUUGUUAUAGUUUCACCAUCUAAAUUUUUAAAAAAUUGUCUUUAGAUUUUAAAAAUAUUAUGGCUUAGGGAUUUAAAAAGAAAGUUCUUCUUAGUAAAAAUUGUGUCAAGUCCCCUGACUUCUAGGAGAGGAUUUACUAAAUUGUCAUUGUGAUGAGAAAGCUGAAGUUAUUUUUGUAAGUAAUAAAUUAUAAAUAAUAUAUCA